AGAAAAAUAACUCAUGCUUAGAAAAGCAGGGCAGCUUUUGAUAUUACUCAUCGUUAUAGUUCUGACCCUAUCUACCUGAAAAGUCACCGCUGAUUGAAAUGUCAUCCAUAUACCAUUUUAAUCUUGGCUUGUAUAAGCGAACUAUCUCGACUACCUCCCCCGAAAGCCAGGCUUGGUUCGACCGUGGACUCAUAUGGGCGUAUGCAUUUAAUCAUGAGGAAUCUGUCUUGUGCUUCGAGCAGGCCGCCAUUUCCGACCCUGACUGCGCAAUGGCCUACUGGGGUUUGGCAUAUAGCCUGGGGCCAAACUACAAUAAGCCAUGGUCGUUCUUUGAUGACAAAGACCUGGCCGAUGCAGUUCGGCGCGGCAACAAUGCUGCACGUACGGCCAUAGCUAAGAUGUCGACCUGUACUCCAAUUGAGCAAGCCCUUAUCAAAGCACUUCAGCAUCGCUAUCCGCAAGAGAGACCUUCGAAUUGUUCUUCUUGGAACCAAGGCUUUGCUGAUGCAAUGGGUGUGGUGCAUAGGGACUUUCCGGACGAUUUGGAUGUCAUUACACUAUAUGCAGACGCUUUGAUGAAUUUGAAUCCAUGGAAUCUCUGGGAUCUUAAGACAGGAGAACCUAUUGCCGGAGCUCAUACACUGAAGAUCAAGUCAUUACUUGAUAAUGGCCUCAGGCUCAAUGGAUCUCUGAAGCAUCCUGGCUUACUCCAUCUGUAUAUCCAUCUAAUGGAAAUGUCUCCUACACCAGAAGCUGCUCUUCCAACGGCCAACCACCUUCGUGGGCUCGUACCUGACGGAGGACAUUUACACCACAUGCCGACUCACCUGGACGUGCUCUGUGGACAUUACCAAGCAGCCAUUGACUCCAACUCGGAGGCGAUCAAAGCUGACGAUAAGUAUCUAUCUAAAGCUGGACCCCUGAACUUUUAUUCUCUGUACCGAUGCCACGAUCUUCAUUUUCGGGUUUAUGCCGCCAUGCUCGCGGGGCAGUACAAAGUUUGCAUCAACACUGCGAGUCAGCUAGAGUCUACUAUCCCAAAGGACCUUCUUCAAAUCGAGUCUCCGCCUAUGGCUGACUGGCUCGAAGCGUUCCUGAGUCUACGUGCUCAUAUCCUAGUCAGGUUCGGAAAAUGGCAGGAUCUGAUUGAUAUGAAGCUACCUGAAGACCAGGAAUUAUACUGUAUGACCACGUCAAUCGUCUUGUAUGCGAAGAGUGUAGCUUUUGCUGCCACUGGGAGAGUGUCAGAAUCGGAACACCACCGAGGACUAUUCCAAGAGUCCUUAAAGAGAGUUCCAACCUCACGCACUCUUUUCAACAACACUUGUCUUGAUAUUCUUCAAGUCGCUGAAGCUAUGCUCGAUGGCGAACUGGAAUACCGGAGAAAGGAUUAUGAUGUCGCCUUUGAGCACCUUCGUGAGGCUAUUCGUCGGGAAGAUAGCCUUCCAUACGAUGAACCCUGGGGAUGGAUGCAGCCUACCCGCCAUGCCUAUGGUGCGUUGCUGAUGGAGCAAGGAUACCUCGAGGAUGCGGUUGAGGUUUAUAAGACAGACUUGGGACUCAAUGAUAAACUCCCCCGAGCUUUGAGGCACCCUAAUAACGUGUGGGCACUGCACGGUCUUCACGAAAGCUUGUCGAGAUUGGGGAGAGAUCUAGAGACGAAGGAGAUUGAAGGCCAUUUGCAAAAAGCACUGGCAGGUACUGAUGUUCCUGUUAAGGCCUCUUGCUAUUGCAGACUAGAAAAAUGAGAAUGCACACACAGAUUCAAUGCUUAUUGUACUACUUUUAGUCUCUGGGCUAUAUAGAUUACCGAGCCGUGGCGCUCAUAGUUGUUGGCAUGAAUGGUGAUAAACAAAGAAUUGACUUGUCGCUACCUAUGUUCAUCA